GCGAUGUAUAAUGUUAUGUUAUUUGCGAGAGAUGUCUUCUCAGUGUGUUGCCGACUUUACUAGUGGAUAAGUUGAAUUGUGUUUCGUAUAAGGAGGCCGUGUUUGUUGUGAACCGAUGGACCAUGCAGGAGAUUAGUGUGUUAAUGAUAUUAUGCGUCCUAGUUUCGUCGAGCCACGCACAAGAGGCCGACGCAGUAAACGCUACAGCUACCUGUGAUUUUUCCAUUCAAGACUCUGCCGACCUCACAUUAAACUGUUCCCGGCGCAACAUUAAUGAGGUUCCCGAAACUUGGCCGGAGCAAGUGAACAGCAUAGACAAAGAUGGGCACGUAUUGAUAACCUUUUUCAACAAUACUAUUUCGAAUCUGUCGCAACUGCCGUCGGUGCCUGGCAAGAGAGUCGCAAUCAGUUUUAAAUCCAACGAGAUAGUGGAUAUAGAGGAUGAUGCCUUCAGUAACAUCGAGGGAUUGGUCUACUUGGACUUGAGCAAUAACUACAUCGCAGGCGAUGUACUGAGGAGCGAGAUCUUCCAAGGGCGCUACAUAGAUGGUACAUACGCGAGUAUCGGUCUGGAAACGUUAAACUUGGGCCACAAUGACAUCCACUCCUUGGACCGAUAUCUGUUCCAGCACACUCCUCACUUGACUCGACUGUACCUCAACAACAACCCGAUAGAGAUACUUGAUCAUGUGACUAUCCUCGCUUUGUCUAGCGCUACCAAUUUAGAGGUAUUGGAUUUAGCUAAGACCGAUAUCGACAGCAUACCCUUAGACGCAUUCAGGGGUCUGACUAAGCUACAACAGAUCGAUUUGUCGGACAACCGGUUCGUGACGGUGCCGGAGAGUCUGAGUCUCGUCGGGGAGUCCUUGCAGUACUUGACUUUCAACAACAACCCCAUUGUUGAACUGAAUGAUGACAGUUUCGUCGGCUUAACGAACUUGAUCGAAUUGGAAGUCGGCGAAAACGAUUACUUGGACGAAGUCAAACGGAGCACGUUUUCCCCACUUGUCAACUUGAGAGUACUUCACCUUUGUCACAACAAGAAUCUGAGGUACAUCAGUCAUAACGCGUUCCGUGGGUUGAAAGAUAAAUGGACCUUGAAAGAAGUAUAUCUUGAUGAUAACAAUCUAAGUGAGCUAUCAACUGACUUGAUGCCAUGGAACAAGUUAGAAAUUUUAGGCAUGACUGGCAACAGCUGGUUGUGUAAUUGUGACUUAGCUGAUAUUGUUACUAAACAAGAAGCAGGAACAAAGUUCCAGGCUGGAGAAAUUCCUUACUGUGCAGCACCCAUGAGGUUCAGUGGCGCAUACAUAACAAACAUCACAAUCACCUACUGCCCAAGUCUGGACACUACUGUUGCCCCACAAAGGGGCUUCACUUUAACUGAUUUGAAAGCAAAACAUUUAAUAUGGAGUAUUCUCGGAGUAGCUGCCAUAGCUGCAAUAGGCAUGCUAUUAGGCCUAUUUGUUAAUGCAGCUAAAUCUUUCUACAAUAAAAGAAUCAAAGGUCAACCAAUCCGCUAUAUCAACUUACAUGCAGACACUAGGUUUGCAUAAAGACUACAUUAGUACUUACAAAUAUAAGCAUAUUGUAUUAUACAUCAAUAUAAUAAAGUUUCAGUAUAUGACUUUAGAUAGUAAUAAACACAUGUAAAUAGAACUUGUAUGUCAUUAUGUUUGGAAAUGAUUAAAUU